GUCCCCGAACAAAUAUAUAGACUGUGCCUUUAAUUUAAUCGAUCAAUGGACAAAAUUUGAUAACGAAUACAAAACAUCCGCAUUUUGGGGAAUGGGGAGGUCACCGUUAAAAAUAACUAAGGAAUGAUAACAAGGGCGUGGUCCUUGCGCCACCACCAGCGAGUGCAAUUAAGACUGGGGUCAAAUAUACAGUGGCGCUGGCAGGGCUAGGGUUCGGAAAUUGGCCACUCGUCAAGCAUCGCAGUCAUACAUAUAACUUGAGGGAUUCAAUAUACUGGAAUUCUCCGAUUGAUUUUAUCGCCCACAUGUCCUAGAGAGGAAACCACGAUACUGUACCAAUUCUAGUAACUAUGAUUACUAUAAAUUUUAUUAUUUGAGCUGGAUGCAAUGUUCCCUCUCAAGAUGAAGAAUUCUUCUGCAUGAGUGAGUCUAACAGAGUAAAAGCCUGUCUAUCUUGAGGACACAACACACACACCCAAACCAGCUAGAGCCAAUACCUCCUAGACAGUCCCAGCAGCAGCGAUGGGGGGAGGUACCAGCAAGAACAAGACCCAGGGGGAUCAAUCAGGGCUGAACCUGAAAAAGGAUGAGAGACGUUUCCUACAGAGAUGUCUUUACAGCCUCCCAUUCCCACCAGGAACCAUCAAUGCCGAGAUGGUAGCUGCUGCUGCAAGGAUGGUGGAGAGACUAGAGUAUCAUGAUCCUAUCAAUAUCUUGACAAAAGGUGGUCGAGCCAAGGGUAUCUACAUCCUGGUCAAAGGUCAAGUAAAGGUCCUAUCAGUAAGCAAUGAACCUGUAGCCAUUCUCUCUCCUGGUAAUUUCUUUGGAGAGAUCUCAACCCUCUUCUAUGUUCCUGUCACUGCGACUGCUCAAUCAUCAGCUCAAGCUCAGUUCCUCUUACUGAAAGAAGAGAAUCUUCGGAAGGCAACCGGUGAGGUGGUAUCAACAGACCUGAUGGACUACUACGUCAGACAACGUUACUUUGAUACCAGCGGAAAACUAGACCAGGCACAACUCAUGAACAGGAUCUGUCUAACCACGCUGGAAAGGAUACCACUCUUUGGCAAAUGGAAGGGUGAUUCAUGUUCAUCACUAGUCAAACAAUGCAAGGAUGAUAUUGGUAUUCAGUAUCCAGUCUUACUCAUCCCUGAUAUGACAAUGAUGGUCAUGGAGGAAGAUAAAUCAGAAGAGAUCGUCAUCGUUACAAGAGGAAAAGUGGAGGUCAGAAGAGAAAAAGAAUCCAUCACAGUCAUUGAUGUUGAAAGGUGGCCAUUUUGGAUAGGAGAAGAAGGUCUCUUCGCCAAUAUUGACAAUGCAUGCUCUGUCCGUGCUGUAGGCCCUUGCCAAGCCAUCAGGAUUAAGAAAUCUACCGUUCAAAAUAUCACUAAUAAAUUCAAGGUUGAAGCAGGAAAUGACUUUGAGAAGCGAGCCAAGGUUUGGGAAACAAGAACAAACCAACACAAUCGGUUAUCUGACAGAAUGAAAGCUGAAAUACUCCUACCUGUGCUCAUCAAUACGUUAUCAAGAUCAGAGAUGUUUUCAAGGGCUUCACUGGUCUUUGUCUAUAAUCUGGCCAUGUUUUUCAGUGCUGAAGCAUAUGAUGAUAAAGGUGUUAUCAUUAAUGGUUCUGGGAACCCAGCCAAGAUGAAGAAGGUUCUACAAGCCAAGAAAGCUGAGCAGAUAAACAAACAGAAUCAGAAGAAUGCCAUCCAAGGAUCAUCAGCAUAUAAAUCUAUACAGGGAACCACUGCUUCAAAUUUCAUCUCAGAAAAUGAUGUGUUCCUGAUGCCACUAAAAGGAGAAAUGUUUAUUCCUGGUGUGGACAAUUACACCUUUGAGGAAAAGAGUAUUAUUUAUCUUCCUGAAGCACAACUCAAAGAAAUCAAACUCACUGCACGAGGAGAUACGCUAGUACUUACCAUAGAGGGCAGCAGACUACUCAGCUUAUGCAACUCGUAUCCCGACAUACAGGUCAACAUACCCAGGCCUGUUUUAUGAUUAUAAACUUCUCUUUUUAUAAUUGCAAUCAGCGAAAUGUAUUUAAUUCUAAUAAUAGCUUGAUUUAUAUAGCACUUUCUGCAUGAGGAUACAAAGUGCUGCAAUUAUAACCCCAGCUUGAGCUCGAGCUACCAAUUUUUUUCGACGACACUCAGUACAUUCAAAGAAUUGAUCCUGCCAGGUUCCCAAAUACACAUAUAUUUUACAUUUUGUAAAUUGUACAUGUGCUUGUAUAGUGUACGCUCAAGUCGUGACAAAGUCAUAUUUUUGUACAUUUUCUAUUAGUGUUUUCUAAUUUUUAUACAACCAUAAUUCCUCAUGCAAAAGGUCAAGUUUAUUUAAUACAUAUUAUACGAAAUAUUUAAAAAAUGGAAAAGAAAGGUGUGCUAUGAAAGUAAAGUCUUAGUGUUACUAAUUUCCGUUGUCUUAAUUGUAAGAUCUUAAGACAAAUCUCCAAUUAAAUAACGGAAUUAUCCCAUUAUCAAGCUACAAAACUUAUUUCAUAUAUAAAUGUUGCUUCCUUUACAUCGAUUCUGAAAUAUAGUUCAAAUAUAUAUGAUUUCAAUGAAGUGUAUAAAAUAUGAGUGUGUAUUCAUAAACUGAUAUUCUUUACCUGUGUAAUAAACAUAUUUAUCUGAUAACUGAUAUUUUCAAGUAAUUUUUCUUCUCUGGUAAUAAUAACUUAUCAUUAUCUAUAUGUGGUAGGGAAUGUAUCAAUCUAUUUUCAUAGUUUUAAAUAAAUUUCUAGUACUGUCUUUCCUCCAUAUAUAUAUAUAUAUUUUUUUUUUUUUUUUUGGGGGGGGGGGGUGCAAAACCAAAGAGAAAUUACCAUGACUGAAUAUAGAAGAAUGUCUCAAUAUGAUUUAUUAACUCUAUAUUGGGGAUUCGUUUUCUUUUGAGUUUUUGGCUCAAGAAUGAGAAGUGGACAUGGCUGAAGGACUGAUGUUCUUGAAGAAUAUCUUCAGAUAAACACAUGUACAUGGAUGAUUUUUAUGCAUCACAAACUCACAUUAUUAAAACAGAAAUAGAUUUAUAAUUCAUGCAUUUCAAUAAGAAAUGAUAAAGAAUGAAUAAGGGAAUGGCUUGUGGUACCUUCAACCGUACUGGGUAGUAUAAUGGGCUUCUGGGGGUGAUAAGAAUUUCUAAUUUUUAUUUUUUGUGGCAUAUAAUUGCUUGUAGUGUGUUAAAAUUAACAUUUAUCUGGGUAUUUUAGCAUGAGAGCUUACAUAAAACAAACUGAAUAUGUGUGUUGUGAAUUAUCUCACAUUUUAUUUGGGUGAUAAUUGAACACAGUGAGAUAUGUAUGAGUAAGAUUCAGGGGUGUGAGAGUUCAGAUUUUUAUCUGAUUUCAGAUUUUUUUAAUUUUAUUUUCAGCUGAAUUUCAGCUUAUUUUUGGCUUUCCUUUGUGCAAAAAGUAUGGGAGCUCUUUCUUUUUCAGACUUUUUCAACACUUCAACUUUUUUUCAGAUCUUUUUAUUUGUGACCACUCACACCCCUGAAGAUUGUAAUAAAUAAUUAUUUUUCUACCGUGGAUAUGUACAUUAUGAGCCUAUGACAAAGAUACACUGAAAUCAAGGUGUGUUCAUACUUUUAUUCUGCUUAGCAACUCUCUGAUCAGUUUUCACAAAAUCACAGUAAAGAACAGGUUUGAGGAGACUUUGGAGAACCCUUUGAGAUGUUCAAGGUAUAUUGUGAACCUGUCUUAAUUGGGAAUUUCUGAAUUGCUAUGUUGGCAUAUAUUUUACUUCCAGAAAGGAAAUGAAGGAAGGUUUAAUUGCAUUUUCAGAAUAUUAGAAAUUGUGCUAAAAAAUUUAAUUACUGUAUGGAAGUGUAGAUCAAGGUAACUAGAGAUUCAAAUAUUGAACAAAGGUAUGAAAAAAAUGUUUAUUCUCAAUAUUAUUAUGAGAAAAUGAAAUCAAUUUUGUUUACCCUCUUGCAAACUUUACUCAAUAUUAUACUCAUUGAUCAUCUCAAACAUGUUUAAUUAAGCUAAGUUUUCUUCAAAACGUUGGUGUGAAAAUGAAAUCCAUCUCAGAUCUUUGUAUCACUUAGAGUCGCAAACAUAGCAAAUGAAUACGUGUACGGUACCUACGCAACUUAUUUAAUUUCUUUUUUAAUAUUUAUUUCCUUUAAUAUUCUAUUUAUGUCAGAUGUAUAAUGUAUUUAUUAUUCGUCGAGAGUCGUGUUUAUUCAUUCCAACUGUAUUUUAUUCUCAUUUGUGAGCAAUCUCAUAUAGUAUUGUGUGAUUUCAUCUAACUACAUCUUGAAGUCACCUUGUUAGAUCAAAGUAUUCAGUAGAAAAUGCAAGUUCUCUCCAGUUUUAUGUGCUAGAUAAACAAUAGCGUAUUUCAGCUGCCACUUCACACACGCUUUCUGCAACAUUCAUAAUCUAUUGAAAGUGCCCAUCAAAUCACAAAGGACAGAUUAGAGGUCAUUGUCGAAAGUUGGUGGACUAGGACAGCACAUCAUCUUGAGAUUUGGACUGGACCGGACAAGAAAUUGCAAAUAUGUCCAGAAUCUAGGACGUCACUGCUGCUAUGAUCCACUGAUUUCUAACAAAUGCUGCUUUGUUAUGAAGGCUUUUGACAAAAGAUUCUAUGUGUUAUAGAAAGCUUCUGUGAAGUAAUUGCUAAAAUGCCCUAAUAUCAUGUAUUCAUACAUGUACAUUUGUUGUCCAUGUGUAUUUGUUAAUACAGGAUGCCAAGUUUCCUUGAUUGUCGGGGAAACUCCCUAAAAAUUGGCCGAUUUUCAACAUCUCCCUGAUUCAAAUUUUGAUUUCUUUAUUUUCAAUUUUUUUCUGGUAAUUUUAGCACAAACUUUUCUUCAGGGUAAAUUUCCCUUUCAAUACAACAAGUCCAUGUACUCAAAUAUUGUGAGCUCAUAAAAGAAUACCAAGAACAGAACACAUAAUGUAAAUUCAUCUUUAUUUUAUUUCUUCAUUGUGCACAGUACACUGUAUUCAAUAAAUAGCAUAUUCAAAUGUACAUUAUAUAGCAUAUUACUUGUAAACCAAAUAUUUGAUCAUAUGAGUGAGUGGCUGCAUACCUGCAUUUGUACAGAUCUGAAAUAGAAUAUUUUUUUCUUUUUCACUGUUUUUCUACUCCUUGCCUUUCCUAUUCCAAUUUAUACAUAAUAAAAUCUAUGCAGUACAUUGCUUCUUUAAACACAUUAA